AUGCUCAAGUCGCAUCAGACGGCCUCGGCGGUGCUUCAACGUUCGCGCCUCAGCUUCGCCGCCUCGACCUGUCCGCCGCCACCCAAAAUGUCCACGACCGAGGCUCCCCUGCGGCCUCAGCACGCCCACGCCGACGACCCGAGACCCCAGCAGCAGAGGCCCCAGCAGCCGCCCUCGGUCUACUUUCCUCUUGGAUACAAGGACGCCGCCUAUCAAUGGUGGACCAGCGUCACGCCACCCAUGGCGGAGAGGACCGUCCUCUCCCUCAUCCCCCACCUCCGCGAGGACGUCGGCAACACGUCCAGCGCUCCCAGUGACGCACCCGACCCCUUUGGUACUCGCGUCUGGCGCCGCUCCCUCGUCAAGCUCUCGGGCAAGAACCGCGCCCUCAACGAGGUCUGCGUCGAGCGCGUCGGCGAGGACGUGGACGAGACGCUCGUCAUGGUCCACGGCUACGGCGCCGGCCUCGGCUUCUUCUACAAAAAUGUUGAGCCCAUCUCCCGCAUCCCCGGCCUCAGGCUCUACGCCCUCGACAUGCUCGGCAUGGGCAACUCGUCUAGACCCUCGUUCAAGAUCCACGCAAAGGACAAGGAGCAGCAGGUCAUCGAGGCCGAGAAUUGGUUCAUCGACGCCCUCGAGGAGUGGCGCAAGGCCCGUAGAAUCGAGCGCUUCACCCUGCUCGGCCACUCCCUCGGCGGCUACCUCGCCGUUUCAUAUGCCCUCAAGUACCCCGGCCGCCUAAAGAAGCUGAUCCUGGCAUCUCCCGUCGGAAUCCCCGAGGACCCUUACGCCGUCAACGCCUCCAUGCCCGAGCCCCAAGAGUCGACCAUGGAAAACGAGUUCACCCAGGACCAGCAAUCCACCACCGAGACGUCGGCGGCCCAAAGGCCCAAAGAAGUCGCCGCCCCCAACGCGCCCAAGCGACCCUUGCCGAGCUGGCUAGUCUGGCUCUGGGACGCAAAUAUUUCCCCCUUUAGCAUCGUCCGCAUGACGGGCCCCCUGGGCCCGCGAUUUGUCUCCGGCUGGAGCUCCCGUCGCUUCAACCACCUCCCGCCCGACGAGGCCCAGGCCCUGCACGACUACUCCUUCUCCAUCUUCAAGCAAAAAGGCAGCGGCGAGUACGUUCUUGCAUAUGUCCUGGCCCCCGGCGCCUACGCCCGCCGGCCCAUCAUCAACCGCAUCCACCAGGAAACAGGCAUCCCCAUUGUCUUCAUGUACGGCGAAAACGACUGGAUGGAUGUCGCGGGCGGCCUCGCUGCCGAGGAGAAGCUCAAGGCGGCCAAGGCCAACGUCCUACGGUACGGGACCGACGAGGAGAAGCGUAAUGAAAAUGGCAGCGCCAAGGUCGUCAUUGUCCCCAAGGCCGGCCAUCACCUGUACUUGGACAACCCCGACCACUUCAACAAGGUGCUGCGGGAGGAGAUCGAGGCGACGAUGCAGGUCGAGAAGCAGAAGCGCGCUGCGACAUAG